AAUAAAAAAAUUUGGGGAGGUCAGUGCUAGGUCAUUUAAAAAAGUGUGCAUGAAUUGGUAUAAAAAUAAUAAAAAAACAUCAUCGGAGUCUGUCAAACUGUGCGCAAAGUGGCAAAAAGAAAUUCUGGAUUCAACAUGGCACCCUUUUAAGAUUGUUGAAGUCGAAGGGAAGGAAAUACAGGAAGUAAUUGAUGAAAAUGAUCCUAAAUUAUUAUCUUUAAAAAAUGAUUUGGGAGAGGAGGCAUACGUUGUUGUGGUGACAGCUCUAAAGGAAUUGCAUGAGUAUCAUAAUUCUGAUGAUGCUGAGAACACCCAUAAUUCAAGUGAGAAACAAGUGAUACCUGAGAUAUGGGACUCCCAAAAUGGACGUAGAGCCACCGUAACUGAAGCUUUGAAGUAUUAA